UACUAAACUAAACAAAUAUCCUUUUUCAUUUUUCACUCGCAUCAAGAUAGAUGGAAAAGGAAACCUCUAACGUCUUUUCUUCCACAUUAGAUGGAGAAAAUUGCCAUUCUGCAGAAUCCUGUGUUGAGAAGAAACUCAAACUAUUUGGUUUCGAAUUAAACCCAUGCAGAAAUGAAGAAAGCUACCCGAAAGGUUGUGCAGAAGGAGAUGAGAGUGUAAAUUCAUCGAAUACUGUUUCACAUGAAGGGGAAAAGCCUGUCAUGCAUAAAGAUUCAACAAAAGAACCUGAAGACAAUAAGAAGUUUGAGUGCCAAUAUUGUUUCAAGGAGUUUGCGAACUCACAAGCUUUAGGAGGUCAUCAAAAUGCUCAUAAGAAAGAAAGAUUGAAGAAGAAAAGAUUGCAGCUUCAAGCCAGGAAAGCCAGCAUCAGCUGUUAUCUUCAACCUUUGCAGAACAACCUGAGUUACAACAAUUCGACUCAAUGGUUUUAUGAUCCUUCUUGUUGUUCUCCUGAAUUCUCACUCUACGAGGAGUCUCAGAUUAGUUUCACUCCUUAUGAUCAAGAUUCCCAUAUUAAUACUGGGUCUCAGUUAUCAAAGUGGUAUGGUAUGGGUAUUCCUGCUCAGGCUCCUUUUCAACAGGAAAAUUGUAUGUUCACCUUAACACGUGCUGAUAGAUCCAGAAAUAGCAGGAAUGUAAUUAGGAAGCCUUCAGCUUUGCCUGCUUCCAAACAAACCUGUAAAUCUUUGGAUCUUCAGUUAGGACUUAGCUUGCAAUCGAAUAUUCGAAGCUCGACACCUUUUCCUUGAAUUCUCAAUUAAUGCUACACAAGAAAAUUCACAGUCAAGAUUUCGGUCGAUGACAUUAACAAGAUUUUACUUGGAAAAUUCAGACAUAAUGUCAUUUGUAUACAUCAUUCAAUUCCAUCGUAUGAAAUUAAUCAUACAAAAAAUGUUGUAUUUACAUACUGAAGGAGACGUACAGAUUAGAUGGCGAGACUGAGACAAUUUCAGUUUGUACAGUUUCUUGCCUGAUAAUUAAAAGCUUUGCUAUAAUUUUAGCAGUUGAGAUUUAUCAGGAACUAAGAUAUUAAUGUAUUCUAGUUACAAUUAUUCAUUUAAGUUUACUUACAA